UUGAUUUUGAUGGAUGACAGGACCGUCUAAUCGAGAUAUAUAAUAAAGGAGAGAUCAGAGAAGUGAGUGAGAAGAGAGAGAUCAACAGAAAUCAGAAUCUGAUUGAGAGAUUUAUAUAUUAUUUCAAUUUGAUUUUGUUGAGGGGUGUUUUGUCUAAUUGUACUUUUAUAGACCUUAAAACGCAAGUGAUAAAAUGGUAAUAUACGGCAUUUACAUAGUAAGCAAAUCUGGUGGUCUCAUAUACAACUAUGAUCAUGUUAUUCCGCGCGUGGAAACUGAAAAGACAUUUGGCUUUCCUUUAGACAUAAAGUUACAAUACGAAAACAAAAAAAUUGUCGUCGCUUUUGGCCAGAGGGAUGGAAUCAAUGUUGGCCAUGUACUGCUUUCUGUCAAUGGUUCUCCAGUCAACGGGCGCACUACUGAAGAUGGCAGAGAUGUUUUUGAUGUCAUUGAAGCUAAGGUGAACUACCCACUAAGUUUGAAGUUUGGACGAGCGCGAGCCACAACCAAUGAGAAGAUAGUCCUGGCCAGUAUGUUCUAUCCACUGUAUGCCCUAGCCAGCCAACUCAGCCCCGUGCCCAAAUGUUCAGGGAUAGAAACACUAACUGCAGACACUUUCAAGUUAUCCUGUUUUCAAACAUUAACAGGAGUAAAGUUUAUUGUGGUGACAGACCCCAACAUGCAAGGUUCAGAAGUUGUACUCAAGAGAAUAUAUGAGUUGUACUCUGAUUAUGCACUGAAGAAUCCAUUUUAUUCCCUGGAGAUGCCCAUUCGAUGUGAGCUUUUUGACACAUCCCUACACACACUGUUGGAGCUGGUAGAGAAAUCUGGCACUACAAACUUAUAGCUUGCUUUGUAAAAAAAUAUGAAUCUUUUUCCUUUCAUUGAUAAAGUAUUGGUAAUAUAUAAAUUUUAUGUAAAUAUAGAUGUAAGUUUAUUAAGUUGUUAUUAAUUAAAUUAAAUAAAAUAAAUAAGUCUUUUUGAUGGGCUAGCAACCUUUAUUGGAAUUUAAAGUUUAAUCAUUAGGCCAGCUGAAUGUGGCUUUUCAUUCUUUGCAAGACUGUUGGCUCUGUCUUCCGCAUAAGGAAUGAAGACUAAAAUU